AUGGAGAGAGCUCUAAAAGCCUUUAAGCGUGCCAGUGCAGUAUAUAAGGAAAAGAACAAUAAACCACCGAUUAUCAUUUACGAUAAUAUUAGCCGAUUGGUUUAUAAAAAUCCGGAAAUCCUCGACAUCCUUCAAGAUGAUGCCAAGGAUAAUGUCGAUGACAGAAAGUACUGUAUAUCACUGUAUUUGUUAGCAUUGAAGGUUCGGUGUCUAGAAGAAUGGAAUGUAAGUAAUGCCUGGUUACGUGCGGAUAAACCGGUGAUAGAAAUCAGAGAUCUCAGUGAAAAGGAAUCUAUAGAUUAUCUGGUUAACAAGCGUAAGAUCAACUCUGAAGAAGCAAAAAAAAUUAUAUGA